CGGAUCGGUAAAUACCAACCCAAAAUGGUAAAUACUAUUUCCAUUUGGUUAUCCGCUUGAAUUUGAUUAUUAUUAUGAGGUUACUGUUUUUAUUAUAACGUUCUAAUUUUGAUUAUGAAAUCGUAAUUAACUACUUAUUUUGAUGAAAUGUGGUAUGCUGUUUGAAAUUGAUAAUACCGGACAGUCUGCCGUCAGAGGAGUAAACCAAGAUGGUGUACCUAUUAUUGAUGCCAAAAGUUUGACCUAUAAUGAUUUUUUUCAAAACUUUAUGGUUGCAAAUGUACCAUGCAUUAUCAAAGGUAUUGGCAAUACCUGGGAGUCUUCAAGAGAUUGGGUAAAAGAUGGAAGACCAAACUACGAUUAUCUAAUGCAGAAAUAUGGUAGUUAUCAUGUAACAGUUUAUAACUGCUUAGAAAGAUACUACAAUACACAAAAACCAACACAGAUGGAUUUUAGGAGAUAUUUGAGCUACCUAAGAGAGAGUUCCAAAAACGCUACAAAGUUGGACUAUCUGAAGAACUGGCAUUUGAAACUCACGGAUGAAAAUGACAAAUUCUACGAAGUGCCUGUAUAUUUUGCCUCAGACUGGUUGAAUGAGUAUUAUGUAACUUGUGCAAGUCAUCUUAAAGAUGAUUACAGAUUUGUAUAUAUGGGUCCUAAUAAUUCAUGGACUCCUUUCCAUGCUGACGUGUUCAUGUCAUACAGCUGGUCAGUUAAUAUUAUGGGGAGAAAGCGAUGGAUUUUAUUCCCUCCAGGAAAAGAGAAUUUACUGAAAGACAAUUUGGGAAAUUUGCCCUAUGAUGUAACAACUUCCAGCCUUUUACAUCAUGGGCAUGAAUUGAUCCAAGAGCAAAAUGAGGCAAUUUUUGUACCAUCUGGAUGGCACCAUCAAGUUUAUAACAUUGGGGAUACCAUUUCAAUCAAUCACAAUUGGGUGAAUGGUUGCAAUAUAGACAAUAUGUAUGCUGCACUGUUAGCUGAGCUUGCGAAUGUUGAAAAAGAAAUUGCAGACUGUAAGGAGAUGGACGAUUUUGAGCAGCAUUGCCAGUUAAUGUUGAAAGUAUCCUGUGGGAUGGACUUCUACAUGUUCUAUGAUUUUUUGAAAUGUAUUUGUAUGAAAAGAAUUGAGAUGUUAGCUUCUAGUAGUGCUAGAAGAAUGUUUCAUGGGCAUGAGAUUGGCUCAAAUCACAUUUUAUUUGAUUUAAAUGCUGUUAGUAAUACUUUGGGUGCAUUUGUACAGUGUGAUACAGUUAAAAAUUUAGAUUACUUUAAGACGGUUGAUGUAAAACCUCCAGAACUGUUAGAACAAAUUUUACUUAGUACGAAAAAAAAUAGUUUAAAAAAAUGA